AAACAAUUGACAUUGCCUCCAGAAGAAGUUUGGGAAUUUAAUCUUGGUAAAGCACGUAGAACGAAAAUUGGAGAUCAUGAUUACAUUGCUGUGGAUGUUGAUUUUUAUUCUGUCUUGGUUACCGAUGCUUUAACUAUCAACAGGUCUGAACCUGCUUUGAAUGUAAUUGGUGGAAAAUGGUCAGAUAGUUGGAUAUUACCUGUAGAUUCUGAAUUUCUCUUGCAAAGAACUGGAUACGCAUGUCUUGAUGAAUAUUCGUUUCCUAAACAAACUGUUGAAAGUGAAAAUGUAUGGGUAUAUUACAAUGAUACCUGCAAAGCUGAACACCCGCAACCAGUAUACGACCCGGUAGAGAUUCGUUGUCAUUAUAGUGAAUAUCCUGCAAUUUCUUGUGUUGAUGCGUUGAAUCAAAACGUUGGUUCUGUUAAUGUGACGAUAACAUGGCAUAGAAUUCCUUUUACUGAAAAUAUAGCAAAAAAAUAUCGGUUUGGAAAACACACUUCUAAUUUACCUGAUUUGGUUGGUGUUAAUAAAAAUUUAUUGGAACAAACUCGU